AUGGCCAUUUGGGGCUUGCCCACCCGCGCUCCGGUGGUUCGUUGCUGUGCUGAGCCGGACUAUUUGCGAGUGCGCCACCGCUUUCAACCACGCCCCUGGCUGCCUUCUUGUCGCGGCCUGCGACAAGCAGCCUGCGCUCCGGCACUGCUUGCAGCGGCAGGAGCACGGAAAAGCAAGAUGGCUCGGAUGGAGCGAGUGGUUUUCCUGGGUACUGGCUCAGCAGUCCCUGUGCCAGGACAGCGUAAUAUGUCAAGCCUCGCGGUGAUGUUAAACACUGGAGGCAUCAUUCUCGUGGAUUGUGGGGAAGGGACGCAGCAUCACAUUAAGGUGAGCACGCUGCUGAAAUUGUCUCGCGUCGAGGUGAUUUUGCUCACUCAUCUCCAUGGAGAUCACUGCUUCGGUCUUUUUGGUGUGUUGAGCACCGCUGCAAUAGAGGGUCGGAAGGACCCUAUCCUGAUUGUUGGCCCGCAAGGGAUUCAGGACAUGGUGGAGUCAAUGCUUCGCUUCACUGGCGGAUGGGCUCCGGAGGAAUCUUUCAACAUCGAGUACCUCGAGAUUCCAAACACAGGGGCUGGAGGAGAGGACCUGGUGGGACCGUCUGGCUCAGGACCCAAAGGCCUCGGCUUCCACCCAGAUCGUUGCAGACAUGCGGAGGCUGUGGAGCUGGGUAUGUUGGCUGGACUUCGCAUCACAGCUGUGCCGCUGGUUCAUGGUAUCCCAGAUUGGGGUUACAUUCUCAAAGAACUUGACCGCCCGGGCAAGUUAGAUGCAGCCAAGGCGCAAAAGCUGGGCAUUCCUCGCAAUUCGUUGAUGGGGCGGCUCAAGCAGGGUGAAGCUGUGACUUUGGAUGAUGGCAGGGUGGUGCUCCCGGAGCAAGUACUUGGGCCUGAAAUUCCUGGUCGCAGCUUUGCCGUGCUGCAGGACACAUCCGAUGCGAGCAGUGCAAUCAAAGCAUGUCACCAUGCCAACUGCGUGAUCCAUGAAGCGACAUUUGAAGCCGCCAUGGAGGAAGAUGCCUUGCGCAAAGGGCAUAGUACGAGUGUCAUGGCUGCCCGCUUUACAGCUGCUUGCGAAGCGAAGCGAUUGAUUCUUUCUCAUUUCUCCGCGCGAUAUGCCAAGACAUCCGAUGUUCGCCCCGGCUGUCAGCGAGGGCCAGGUUGA